AUGUUUACAGACAGCAUUCUUAUGAGCCCGGACUUUGACGAGGAGGGUUACUUACGCUACGCUAUCCAUGCUUCAAGUUGUAAGACGGAGCAAUCGCGCCUCACCUCCUGUUCAGCAGCGGUGCGGGAGGAGAUGCAUAACAUCCUUACGGAGAAUGUGGAGGAUAUGCUUCGGCAGGUGACCGCUGCGAGUUGCGCACAAAGAGACGCUGCCGCCGUCCGCCAGGCUGCUGCUACGCUUAUGCACUCCGCCAGCAGGCUCAGGCACACCAUUUACGAACCUUACCAUCUCAUCAAAGGGAGCAUUACGAAGCUGCGGAACACGAACGUCACCCUAAAUACGUUGCGGAGUGUCAUUAGGUUUAUCAACCUUACAACGCGACUGAAGGGUUUGCUUCCCGAUGACAUUGCUCGUGCUGCCCGAACGAUGCGGGAGGUCGAGGAGCUUCUUCAGGCUGCAAACAUCGCGGCUAUCGACGUGGUGCGUUCUCGCAUGGAUGUUGUUGAGAGGUCAGCGACAGUCAUUCGGUCCAGAGCACAAGAUAUGCUGCGGCGUGCGGACUCCCGGGAUGCAUCCAAUGUCACUACCGCCUUACAAUGCUUCGUUGCCUUGGGAAGUGCUUCGCGUGUGAUAAGUGGCUUUAUGACCGAGCAGAAACGAGAGGUUAUGAAGACACUUAUGCGAGAACUGGAUAUCCAGGUAAUAGCUAAUGAAAUUAAUGAUGAGUGUACCGCCACCACCAGCGAUUUUGAUUACGUUGGCUCACGAACUUGCGAAGUUCUUGCAUCUCAUUUGCAGGCUGCCCUCAGGGCCACGGCAACGCACACGGGCAGUGUUAUUGCGUUGUGGCGCGUCCUUGUGAAAAAAGCAGAUCCCGUCACGCAAAUUCCGUACCUCAGUGCUGUGGAUAACCCCACGUCUGUGCUUGGGGACUACUGGCACUUUGUCACGGAUAAGUUACGGGAGCGGCUGCAGGCCAUACAAAAGCGCCCCAAUUUUUUCUACGCAAUGGCGGGCGACAUAUUGCGCUACCGUUCACUGCUCGUCACCUUUUUGGACGAUGUGGUAGAGUUAUUGGAAUUGCUGGAUCAACUUAUGGGGUUGGAUGCAUCAAGUAAUGGUCGCCCGAAUACCAGCGGUGGUGGAGGCGCCGGAGCUUGUCUCCCUAGCGGUGUUGAGCAACUGAGGUGCAUGUGGCUUUCACAUGUGACGCGCGAGGUAAACGAGCGCUUUGGUGCUCAAAUUAUGGAUCGGCACCGCGAGCGGUUGCACGGCGUCAUUUCAAGGUUGAAUUCCAUAAUUCCAAGCGGAGGUAACAAACCACUCCCCAACCUCUCGGUAGACCUCCAGCGUCCCCAGGUUCCUGCCAUCGCGCACGUGUUAGACGUACGUAGUUAUGCCACGCUGGCGAUGCGAGAUGUGAUGGAGUAUCAACGUGACCCCCAAACCCUUUCGACGGUACUAGCUUGCACGUUGCAGUGCCUCGCAGGAUUCAUGCAACGUGUUACGGAAACAAGUAUGAGGUGGCCUCUACCCCCACUUCCUUCGGUGUCCUCUGACGUUAACACGCUGCAAAUGCUCCAUAUAUGUAUAAGUAACGCCUGUACACAACUCAGCAUGGAUUUUGCUGUUAUGCUUGCCUCGUUGCCUGAGGGGGAGGAGGAUGAAGACAGGGGAGAAUUCGUUGGGGGUCGAGACGAUAUGUGGCAAUCAUCUGGCGGAGGAUGCGACGGGGCGGGGGGAGCGUGCUGUGACGAAUCUGCUGUGAGUACGCGGAAGCUGGUCGCAGAGAGACAAAGAAAACUUCUUGAAGUCACAAUAAAUCUAAAGAAAAUUAGCGAAAAGGUUGUGCGCCCAUUUUUCAGAUCCGUUUCGGUGCUGCUGCUUGAUUCUGUGUCUAUGUGUGUGGACGGAGCGUGCGGUCAAGAGGCUGCGGGCAUAAGUCAACUGCAGAGUCAAACAGUGCAUUUCAUGUCUCAUUACUAUUAUUUGUUCGAUCCGCAGACCCCCACACUAGUUGACAGCGUGCGGCGGAUCACAGACAGCCUUAUUGUAAGGCUGAUGGUUGCUGUGACACUGGUGUACCCCUUCACCAAAGAGGUGCGGGAGCACUUGACUGUUUGCCUCCACCAGGUUCCUCGUGUGGCUAUAUCAUUUGGGCCGAGCACUCAAGGGGCUAUGGGAAGAAGUACAAUGGUGCUUAAGGGACAGCUUCACCAGUUGGCAAUGUGGUACAACGCGUCAGAGGAAGCGCUUGAGACACCUGAGGGAGUGUCACGUGCAGCCCUCGCUACACUUCCGUUAGUGGUUUCCCGUUUGCUGUUACUUCAGCGCGUUUUUCGACCCUCCGCUGCUGUAGGGGGACCAUCUGCCGUCAUGGGUGUUACUCCUGAAUGUUUCAUCGAAACUAUUGAGGCCGCCGUGCUGGACCAGUUAUGUGUUGGCAACGUACCGGAGGGUGACCUCGCGAAGCGUGUCGCUGACAAUUCGCAUGCGGCUGAAAGGUUAGGGCAGGUGAUGGAUGCUGUGGAACGGUGUUUUCUUAUGGCCAUAGAGGCAUUGAGUGGGGAUGCCGCGCAGGAGGCGACCGUGCGGUGGGUGAAGCAGCUUUGGGUGCUACUCGACCAUCGCCAGGUAGGGAAGUGA